UCCUGUGAGCGCGCCCAGGAUUUCUCCUGCAGUCCGCAUCCUCUAACCCCCCAGCUCCAGGCUCUCUUUUCAGCAGCGCAUACGGAUGACGCAACUAGGCGCUGCUCAAUUCAUGUGCUCUGAGCCCGGGAGAACUGCAUGCACGAGGGGACACAGGCAGAGAUGUCCUCAGUCCUUCACUUCUAUGUUCGUCCCUCUGGCCAUGAGGGGGCAGCCUCUGGACGCACUCGAAGAAAGCUGCAAGGGAAACUGCCAGAGCUUCAGGGUGUUAAGACUGAGCUGUGCUACAAUGUGAACUGGACAGCCAAGUCCCUCCCAAAUGCUAAGGAGAUGAAGAAGCUGACGUGGCUGUUUGGCUGCCCCUUGUUCCUGGAUGAUGUUGCUCAGAAGUCCUGGCUCCUUCCUGGUUCCAGUGACCUCCUGUUGGAAGUUGGGCCCAGGCUGAACUUCUCCACCCCAACAUCCACAAACAUCGUGUCAGUGUGCUGUUCUGCUGGGCUGGGGGCUGUGGAUCGAGUGGAGAUUACCCGGCGCUACCUGCUCUCGUUUGCUCAUCCCCCUUCACCUGAGAUGGAGGCCAUUGCUCUGACUACUCUGCAUGAUCGGAUGACUGAGCAGCACUUCCCGGAUCCCAUCCAGAGCUUCUCCCUUGGUAGCAUGCCAGCACCUCUUAACAGCCAUAUCAACAUACUGGCUGAGGGCCAACUGGCCUUGGAGAAAGCCAACCGGGAGCUGGGUUUGGCUCUAGACUCCUGGGACUUGGAAUUCUAUACCAAGCGCUUCCAGGAACUGCAGCGAAACCCCAGCACCGUGGAAGCCUUUGACUUGGCGCAGUCCAAUAGUGAGCACAGCCGACACUGGUUCUUCAAAGGCCGACUCCACGUGGAUGGGCAGGAGCUGGCACAUUCACUGUUUGAAGUCAUCAUGAGCACCCAGGCAUCCUCCAACCCCAACAAUGUCCUCAAGUUCUGUGACAACAGCAGUGCGAUCCAGGGGAAGAAAGUUCAAUUCCUACGACCUGAGAACCCCACACAGCCAAGCUGCUUCCGGCAACAGCAGGGGCUCAGACAUGUUGUCUUCACAGCAGAAACCCACAACUUCCCCACAGGUGUAGCCCCCUUCAGUGGUGCCACCACUGGCACUGGGGGUCGGAUCCGAGAUGUCCAGAGUACAGGCCGUGGAGCCCAUGUAGUAGCUGGCACUGCUGGCUAUUGCUUUGGAAAUCUGCACAUUCCAGGUUACAGUUUGCCCUGGGAGAACCCAAGCUUUCAGUAUCCUGGGAACUUUGCCAAGCCCCUGGAGGUUGCCAUUGAGGCCAGUAAUGGAGCUUCUGACUAUGGCAACAAGUUUGGGGAGCCAGUCCUGGCUGGCUUUGCCCGCUCCUUAGGCCUACAGCUCCCAAAUGGCCAGCGGCGUGAGUGGAUCAAGCCCAUCAUGUUUAGUGGGGGCAUUGGGUCCAUGGAAGCUGAACAUGUGAGCAAGGAACUCCCAGAGCCAGGCAUGGAUGUUGUAAAGGUUGGGGGUCCUGUCUAUAGGAUUGGAGUUGGAGGUGGAGCUGCUUCAUCUGUGCAGGUGCAGGGAGAUAACACUAGUGAUCUGGACUUUGGGGCUGUACAGCGGGGAGACCCAGAGAUGGAACAGAAGAUGAACCGUGUGAUCCGGGCUUGUGUAGAGUCCCCUAAAGAAAACCCCAUCUGCAGUCUCCAUGACCAGGGUGCUGGUGGCAAUGGCAAUGUCCUGAAAGAAUUGAGUGACCCAGCUGGGGCCAUCAUUUACACCAGCCGCUUCCAGCUCGGAGACCCAACUCUGAAUGCCCUAGAAAUCUGGGGGGCUGAAUACCAGGAGUCAAAUGCACUUUUGCUGAGGCCCCUCAACCGGGACUUCCUGAAUCGUGUCAGUGCCCGGGAACGCUGCCCAGUUUGCUUUGUGGGCACCAUCACUGGAGACAAGAGAAUAGUGCUGGUGGAUGAUCGGGAGUGCCCUGUGGGAAGAAAUGGCCAGGGUGAUGCCCCGUCCGGGUCUCCCCCAACCCCUGUGAACCUGGAGCUGGAUUGGGUGCUGGGCAAGAUGCCUCGAAAGGAGUUCUUCCUCCAGAGGAAUCCUCCCGCGCUGCAGCCUCUGGCCUUGCCCCCUGCGCUGAGUGUGCGCCAUGCUCUAGAGCGUGUUCUGAGGCUCCCUGCUGUGGCUAGCAAACGCUACCUCACCAACAAGGUGGACCGCUCCGUGGGUGGCCUGGUGGCACAGCAGCAGUGUGUGGGGCCCCUGCAGACUCCUCUGGCAGAUGUGGCAGUUGUGGCACUGAGUCAUCAGGAGCUCGUUGGAGCUGCAACUGCCCUAGGAGAGCAGCCAGUCAAGAGCCUACUGGACCCGAAGGUUGCUGCCCGGCUGGCUGUAGCUGAAGCUCUCACCAACCUGGUGUUUGCCCUGGUUACUGAUCUCCGAGAUGUGAAGUGCAGUGGGAACUGGAUGUGGGCAGCAAAGCUCCCAGGGGAGGGCGCAGCUCUGGCUGAUGCCUGUGAGGCUAUGGUGGCAGUGAUGGCGGCGCUGGGUGUGGCAGUGGAUGGUGGCAAGGACUCCCUCAGCAUGGCCGCCCGGGUUGGCUCUGAGACUGUGCAGGCUCCUGGGUCACUGGUCAUCUCCGCCUAUGCUGUCUGUCCAGACAUUACAGCCACUGUGACCCCAGACCUCAAGCGUCCUAGAGGGAGAGGCCAGCUGCUCUACGUGCCUCUGAGCCCUGGACAGCACCGACUAGGAGGCACAGCUCUUGCCCAGUGCUUCUCCCAGCUUGGUGACCAACCUCCUGAUCUGGACUUUCCUGAGAACUUGGUGCGUGCCUUUAGCAUCACACAGGGGCUACUGAGAGACCGCCUUCUCUGUUCAGGACACGAUGUCAGUGAUGGGGGUCUCAUUACCUGCCUGCUAGAGAUGGCCUUUGCUGGGAAUUGUGGGAUAGAGGUGGACGUGCCUGCUCCUGGGGUUGAUGUACUGCCUGUGCUGUUUGCUGAGGAGCCAGGUCUGGUGCUGGAGGUACAAGAGCCAGAUCUGACCCAAGUGCUGAAACGUUACCAGGAUGCUGGCCUCCACUGCCUGGAACUGGGCUGCACUGGUGCCGCUGGGCCCCAUGCCAUGAUCCAGGUAUCAGUGAAUGGGUCUAAGGUUCUAGAGGAACCUGUUGGGCAGCUGCGAGCCCUCUGGGAGGAGACAAGUUUCCAGCUGGACCGGCUGCAGACAGAACCGUGCUGUGUGGCAGAAGAAGAACGGGGGCUGAGGGAGCGGAUGGGACCUAGCUACUGCCUGCCAGCCACCUUUCCCAAAGCUUCUGUGCCCCAUGAGCCUGGUGGUCCUACCCCCCGAGUUGCCAUCUUGCGAGAGGAAGGCAGUAAUGGAGACCGGGAGAUGGCUGAUGCAUUCCAUUUGGCUGGGUUUGAGGUAUGGGACGUAACCAUGCAGGAUCUCUGCUCUGGAGCAAUCGGGCUGGACACAUUCCGUGGUGUGGCCUUUGUAGGUGGCUUCAGCUAUGCAGAUGUCCUGGGUUCUGCCAAAGGGUGGGCAGCUGCUGUGACCUUUCAUCCACAGGCUGGGGCUGAGCUAAGGCGCUUCCGGAAGCGACCAGACACCUUUAGCCUGGGCGUGUGUAAUGGCUGUCAGCUUCUGGCUUUGCUGGGCUGGGUGGGAGGUGACCCCAGUGAGGAAGCAAAGGAGAUGGACCAUGGCUCCUGGCCAACCCAGCCUGGCCUUCUGCUCCGCCACAACUUGUCUGGGCGUUUUGAGUCUCGAUGGGCCAGCGUGCGUGUGGGGCCUGGACCAGCCCUGAUGCUGCGAGGAAUGGAGGGUGCCGUGCUGCCUGUGUGGAGUGCUCAUGGGGAAGGUUACAUGGCAUUUUCUUCUCCAGAACUCCAAGCCCAGCUUGAGGCCAAGGGUUUAGCCCCACUGCACUGGGCAGAUGAUGACGGGAACCCCACAGAACAGUACCCCCUGAAUCCCAAUGGGUCCCCAGGGGGCGUGGCCGGUGUCUGUUCCCUUGAUGGCCGCCACCUGGCUCUCAUGCCUCACCCUGAACGGGCUGUGAGGCCUUGGCAGUGGGCGUGGCGGCCUCCUCCAUUUGACACUCUCACCACUUCCCCCUGGCUUCAGCUCUUCAUCAAUGCCCGAAAGUGGAUCCUGGAAGGAGGCUGCUGAGCAGGCCAGGGUGGCUCAUCAAGGCCUCUUGGUUUAUGCUGCCAAGUAUCCGCUGUCCUCUCCCUUAUCUUCAGAGGUACCCCUUGUUAUUUCCAAAUAUGUUUGGACAAACAAGGACUAAAAUGCCAAAAAAAGGGCAUCUAUUAAUAUUUCCAUACUUUACUUUAAGCUGUAGGAUCUGUUUUUAGUUCUUCUGCUCUAAUAUGCUUUGGCCUCUAUGAGCCCAGGAAAUAGCAGGUGAUUCUGAGAAAAGAGUCUGUGCAGGGGUGAGUUUGGCUACAUGGGGAGGGGCUCCCACUGCUCCACUUCACUUGCUGAUCACCAUGUUGUGCCUGCGUCAUUCAUCUGGGCUGAAGGAAUGUUUGAAGCCUUCCUUCCUGAUAUUGGAGUUCAGGGGUAAGGACCUCAGCAUUCUAUUCUGGGAAACAGAAGCUUCCUGGAUUCCUUUUACAAUAUAGCUUAUGGAAAGAAAGAAAGAAAGGAAAAUAUGGAUGGUUUCACUCAUAGCAGGAGUUUAAAGGACCAGGGGA